AUGGGAAAUCUUGGUGACCUGUCACCCCAGGGUAGCGUUGCGGUCGGGGUAAUAGUCGGGUUGAUCUCGACCAGUCUGCAAGCCAUCGGGUUGACCCUGCAGCGCAAAUCACAUAUACUCGAGGACGAGAAACAUCCCUACGAUUUACGAAGACCACCCUACAAACGUCGAAGAUGGCAGCUGGGAAUGCUCAUGUUCGUUGUGUCGAACAUCGUCGGGAGUACGAUCCAAAUCACUACUCUUCCAUUGCCAGUGCUCUCGACCCUUCAAGCAUCGGGAUUGGUGUUCAACACGAUAUUCGCUACCUUGAUCCUCGGUGAAGCGUUCACUCGGUAUUCCUUUAUCGGCACAAUCCUCGUGUGUAUCGGCGCAAUACUCAUAGCGAUCUUUGGUGCUAUUGGGGAGCCGGCGCAUUCUUUGGAUCAAUUAAUAGAGCUCCUUCAGCGCCGCAAUUUCAUUAUCUGGAUGGUGGGGACGGCCAUCGUCGUGCUAGCCAUCUUGGUUUCUUCGAAACUGUUCAAGAUAAUUACGUCUCCUUAUCGGUCUAGGCAUCCGCGUGUCCUCCGGCACUAUGUGCCUCAUGUCGCAGUGGCCCAGAGCCGUGCCAGACUCAUACAGGGUCUGUGCUACGGUCUAGUCAGUGGUAUAUUGUCGGCUCAUUCCCUCCUUUUGGCCAAAUCGGCAGUCGAGCUCCUUGUUCGAACGAUUGUGGAUCGUGUCAACCAGUUCAACCGGUGGCAAUCGUGGGUGAUCCUUCUCGCAAUGAUAUUCCUCGCCCUCACACAGCUAUACUACCUGCAUCGCGGCCUGAAGCUAUGCAGCACCAGCAUCCUCUAUCCUUUCGUGUUCUGCAUCUAUAACAUCAUUGCUAUUCUUGACGGUCUAAUCUACUUUUGCCAAUUGUCUCGGCUGGCGGGUUUCCAUGCUGGACUUGUUGCUCUGGGAACUGUGAUCCUUUUGAGUGGCGUGCUCUGUCUCUCUUGGCGGUUAGAAGUGAUUGAUAGUCACGCAUCCGUGACGGUCGGCGGUCCCUCUCAGACUGGUCUGGGGCCCAGAAUGGCUGUCCUCGGGGAACACCUGCGUUCUCCCCGAGACCUGAGUGCAGAAGACGAAGAAUCGCAGAUUGGAGAGCGGCAACCUUUGUUGCAGCAGACACGACAUCCACCGCGCGGAUCCCCGCAUCGGCGCACGCCCAGUCUCCCAUUGUUCUCAUCAAUACCCCCACCAAAUUCCGCAGCGGACAUGGACCCAGCCUCUAUCUGGGCCGAGCUUGACGACUCGGAAUAUGAAUACGCCGGCAUCAACCCUCGAUCCCUAGCACAACACCGUGCCCGAGGCAGCACUCUGAGAGACAGUAUUCUGCGCGGCCAGAGACACUCCACCAUCGGCACCGUGGGCCAACACACCUGGAGCCCGCACCGAAUCUCUCGCCUACCGUACACGGGAACCCAUCGUCGGAGAACAUCAAUCCCGGGGCCAGACGGCCGCCGAUCCCUCCAGAAACGACGCACAUACUUCGGCCCGCCCCCAGGCACCAGCCCGGACCGGCCAACAGGCUAUGGCACCCAGGACGACCGCUCCGACCAGCUUUUUUCAGCAUCAGGAAGCCGUCGAGAGCCGCUCCAGCUUUCUUCCCACGCAUCCAGCGCAGGACUUCUUGCCGGUUCAAGAAGCUCCCUCGCGCAGGCCUGGCGGAGUGGCUUGCGCUAUCUCUCCCGCUGGACAGGCCAGCGUGCGCAGACUGAAUCGCACGAGCCUCUACUAGACUCUCCGCGAGGUGAAAACCGGUCGGGGGAAUAG